AUGGCCUCUGCCUCGCUCUUCUCGAUCGAGGGCAAGGGACAGAGAUUUGAUUCCGCGGCUGAUCUGGAACCGUUCAUUAAGCCUCUUGUGGAAACGAACGAUGUUAUUACAGAGAUCCGUCUGGGUGGGAAUACAUUUGGUGUCCCGGCAAGCGAGCGCUUAGCCAGCGUCCUCCGAACCCAGAAGAAGCUACACACAGCCAACCUGGCCGAUAUCUUUACCUCUCGGCUGCUCGACGAGAUACCGCAGGCUCUGUCCUUCCUUCUACAAGCUCUACGUGAAGUCGAAACUCUCGAGACGAUCGAUUUAAGCGAUAAUGCGUUUGGACUCAAUACUCAAGCGCCCCUUGUCGAGUUUUUGAAAGCGCACACCCCGCUACGCCAUUUAAUAUUGAAUAAUAACGGUCUCGGCCCCAAGGCCGGAAAUCUUAUUGCGGAUGCACUGAGAGAGCUGCAUGCGAAAAAGGAGGAGGCUCGGGCGGCCAACCCAAAGGUUCCAGUGCCUUAUCUGGAGACGAUAGUAUGUGGUCGCAACAGACUUGAGAGUGGAAGCAUGGCUGCGUGGGCGAAGAUGGUAAAGGACCAUGGAAAGGGGCUUCGCAGCAUACGGAUGACCCAGAACGGCAUUCGACAGGACGGAAUAGUGCUCUUGCUGGAUGGCGGUCUGCAGCAUGCUCCUGAGCUUGAAGUGUUGGAUUUGCAGGAUAACACUUUUACCAUGACUGGUUCUCGGGUUCUGGCCCGCGUCGUUACCGGAUGGCCCAACAUCCGUGAGAUUAGUUUAAGUGACUGUUAUCUCAAGGGUAAAGGCGCACUACGAGUUGCAAAGAGCCUUGCAAAGGGAGAGAACAAGAAGAUUGAGAUUCUUCGUUUAGCGUACAACGACAUUACCGCCGAGGGUCUAAAGGAGUUCGUUGAGGCGGCAAAGACCUCGCUCCCCGUGUUGAAGCGAGUUGAGUUGAAUGGAAAUAAGCUGAACGAGGAGGAUUCGAACCUUGAGGAUCUCCGUAACUUGCUUGAGGAGCGCAAGGAGAAGCUGGGCAAGGAGGAUGAGGACGAAUCCGCCUGGGGACUGGACGAGCUUGAUGAGCUGGAGAGCGAAGACGAAGACGAGGAGGAGGAAGAGGACGAAGAUGAGGAGGAAGAAGACCAGGAGGAGGUCGAGGAGAAGGCCGAGCGAGUCGUCAAAGACGCCGAACGUGCUGAAAACGAGAAGGUUGCCCAGGAGCCGGAUAGCAAGGUUGAUGAACUGGCCAACAAACUCGCUGCUACGGGGCUAUAG